AUGGCCCCAAGUUUCUGGUUCUUCAAAGCCACCCGGUUCAUUCGUUUUGCUUGCAAGGUGGCGCGGGAUCCUCAGGAGCGAACAGGUGCGGGGGUUGCUGUGCGACAGCUCGACCCCAUAGCAGCUUGCCGCACCUCGCAGCACCGCAUCGGUGUCAACUACAUCGAGGUCUUGGAGGUCUGGGAAGCCUGCCCUCUUCCCAAGUACGCCUGGUUUGUCCCUGACAACUGUUGCAUCUGCACGGCCAACGGCUCCGGCUGUGUUUCACUGGGGGGUGGCGAUUACGAUGGGGACCUUUUGAUGUUCACAUCAAAUCCCAUCCUCCUUCGUUUUCUUGAUUGCACGCCAAGGCUUCUCACUGCAAUGGCAGAGAGAGCCCAGCAACAAGCUUUUAAUGCGCCGGAUCCUGAAUUGGAUGCGGCCUUAAUUCAUUGCGUCCGCCUGGCCGUUGCUGCCGAGAAGGCUUACGGCGCGCCCAAAAAGGAACGGCACGAUGCACUGCACGCCCUCUUGCCCCGAAUUCCACUAGGCAAGGCUUGGCUUCCUUUGAAUCAAGUCACCUUGCCGGCCGCUGCCGGUCAC